AUGGAUACUGUAAAUGAAAUAAAGGGAAAGGAAGACGAUAGCAAACGAGAUGGAGUUGUACACAGCAAAAACAAUACUAAAGAUGAAUUUAUUUUAAAUUCAACAAUGAGUAAUAGCACACCGAAGACUGCCAAAGGCAAAAUAGAAAAUGAAAAUGACAAUGGUCAAGUGUCUCCGUGUUUUCCAGCAAUUUCUAAGACCGAAAAAGAAAAGAAAAAACUAAUUGACUACAUACUGGAAAUUCCUGAUAUUCAAACUAAAGAAGGGCAAGAAGAGAUCAACAGAGAUGAUGAAAGUUCUAAAUUUUCAAGCCCUUUUGACAGCCGUGUUGAUACGGCUGCUACCAACAUUACUUUUCAAAAACAACAUGAAAACAUUCUACAUCGGGACAAAAGUAAAGAUGUUAGAAUAGAUUUGCCAGGUACGGAAAGUGAAGAAAAUUCUAGCUUUUUUUCGUCUCCUUGUGUUAGUAAGAAAGCAAAAGAUAGUCACAAGGCACCGAAGAAGAGGAAGUUUGAAGGUGGGAGGGGCAGUGUGAAUAACAAAAGGCCUUUACCUAAAGCAGCUAGAGAAGUUGAUUCAAUGGAUGCAAUAAAUGGGUCUGAUGAAAAUUCUGAUAAAGAAGAAGCAGGUCUAAUCCAAACACCUUUACCGUAUAUAAUUGACGAGAAGCCAAUAUACGAGUAUAUGGAGGGGGAAGAUUCAGUUUACUAUGAUAUCCUAGGUAAAAAAGAUAGAAACGAGUCACUAGACGAAAAUGAGAGGCAAUUCCUUGACUAUAUACACAUGAAUUUCGAUCAAUGGUGUGAAGAAAGUGGUCGAUUUGCGAAGGAAUACGACGUAUUGACCAAAAAAGUUAUUUUAGCUAGACUAAAGUUUGAUAGGAGAAUCCAUUUCUUGAGGAAAAGCUUAGAUACAUUUGCUUUGAACCUAGAAAAAUAUGGAGAGGAGAUACAUAAACGCAGCGAAAUUUUGAAAGAAUACUGUGAAAGAAUAGUAACAGAGGUUGACCAGUGA